AGCUACCACCCAUUCUUCUCUCUCUCACUCCACUCCGUCUCUCUCGCUCGCUCCGCUCGAGGAGGAGGGAAUCUGAUCGAGAGAGCGGAUAGAGGGAGAGGACCGAGGAGAAAUGGCAGCAACAGUAGCCAGCACCGGCGCUGCUUCGUCCUCUUCUUCUUCGUGUCCUUCUUCUUCUUUUUCGAAUUCCUGUUCUAGAGCUCUUCCCAGAUCCACCAUCGUGAGGAUGAGGACGAGGGCGGUCGAGUGCUGCGCGUCCUCGAGAAAAUCCGCCGCGGUUGGGUCGAGCGUGCGCUGCCCAAUCUCAGCUCCGGUGCCGUCCCGAUUCGUCCUUCCGCCGCAGAUGAUUCCAAUUCCGGUGGUGAUCGAGGUUGAUCAAGACGAGGAGGACGAGCUCACUUUCCUGGAUUACGACGACGACAAUGAAGAGAAGAGGAAGUCUCCUUGGCUCACGUCUCAGUACUUGAGCUUAAGGCUGCGAUGUUCCUCGUUGAUGAUGAAGGAAGCGAAGGAUGCUCUCAGUCGCCACUUCAAGGGACGAGAGCCGACCGUCUCCGUGAACUCCAUGCUCAACACCACCGCUGACAAAGUCUCGAGUUCUUCCGCCGGUAGCAACAAGAGAGCAACCGACAAGAACCGCCACCUCCAGCUGAAUCUCAUCAGCGAAAGCUACCACGGGGAUACCGUUAAGUUCAUCACGGAUGUGGUUCUUUCCGACGAGCAGGGAGGUUACUUUGGAGACCGGGCCGUCAACUCCACCGUUGCUUGAGGAUCGAGCUUGGGAAAAAGUGAGAAUCUUCCUCUUCUUCAUCCUCAUCGAAAGGAUAGAACACAAUGGUGGAAGCGUUUUGCUAGGCCCUGCUUCUACACUCCCAUCCUGAUCUGAUGAACACCGGAACUUGGAUGAUCUGUGCGAGGAUGAUCUGCUGCCUGGAAACUCUAUUAAAAGCUUGGAUCAAGAGAAAAAUACGACUUUCGAGGAUACAUGAUCGCGGCAGAGCACAGUUGGAUCGUCGUCGUCUUGCUCCGGAAAAAAAGAUAGAAAAGAGAAUGCUGAGCUCGAGAUGGCUGUAAAAUAAUAAGCGGAGGAGAAGAAACUAGAGAAUAGAAUACUCUCUCAUAUCACUCUCACUUGUUAGUGUGUGUCGAGUGAUUGCCCACAAUGUCAGGAAUAAUUCGAAGGCAAUCACCAACAGGAAUCCGGGAUAACAUCGAAAACGGUUGACAGUGCUGGUCUCGAGAUCUCCGGAUGAGAGAAGGGAAAUGCAAAGACGAAUGUUCAAA